UUGACCUAGACAAAGCGACGUGAGAUCGCCGAGUGUUCAGUCAUGAGUUCGACAUCGGAGCAAACUACGAAAGGAGACAAAAUGAGUGCAUUUCAAGAAGAAUCUCUCUCACAUCUAAAGUUACCUGAUGACCACACAGUUACGAAAACUAUUGUCACGUCGCCGAAUAUCUACAAACCCGUGGGUCCCUACAGUCAAGCCGUCCUAGUGGACAGGACGCUUUACCUGUCUGGGGUACUAGGCCUGGACCCCAAUGGGCAGAUGGUGAAGGGCGGGGCGGAGGCGCAAACGCGGAUGAUCCUCAUCAACUUGCGACACGUGCUGGAGGCCGGCGGGGCUUCCCUGGCGUCCGUCAUCAAGACCACCAUCCUCCUCGCCGAUAUAGACGACUUCCGAGUUGUCAACCAAGUGUAUUCAGAAUUCUUCCAAAAGGACUGUCCAGCGCGGGCGACCUUCCAGGUGGGUCAGCUGCCGCUGGGUGCGCUCGUGGAGAUCGACGCUAUCGCGCUGAGCGGCGCCGAUCUCGUCAUCACAGAGGCCGGACCAUGUCCCUGCUCCGUCGAAUGCGAUCGCAAGGAAAUGAACGACCCGUAACAUCAAUAAAACCAAGUCUAUAGUGCACACGAAAACCAACCUAUCGUUAAACCAAAACUAACAUUUCACUUAAUAUUCCGAAGUUUUUUCAAAAUAAAUUAACUUCUUGCUAGAAAUCAGUAAAA